AUGAAGAAAGAAACAGACCAGUAUAAGCACUGCUUAGAUUUGACGACGAAACUUGACGAUUUUCGAAAACAGAAGCUUCUCUGCGAUGUCACGCUACACACCGCAGGCACUACAUUUCCCGCUCACCGUAAUGUGCUGGCUGUAAGUUGUCCUUACUUUUACAAGCUGUUUACAAGCGAUAUGAAAGAAAAGACAGCUGAAUCUAUAAAUCUGGAGGCUCUUGAAGUCCGUGCCAGCGCAAUAGAGGCAUUACUUAGUUAUCUUUACACGGGCAACAUUGAUGUCACGCAUUUGAAUGCCGAAGAAAUCGUGAUGUUGGCUGAUUAUUUUCUCAUUACAGAGGUGAAAGUAUUGGCUUCACAGGUAUUAGAGUCUAAAGUAAAUGUGUCCAACUGUUUGUUUUAUCUUGAUUUUGCUGGGCGUUAUACCUGUGAACGACUUGCUCAAGCGAGCCGUUUGUUCCUUGAGAAACACUUUGAAGAAGUCACGCAAUCUGACGAGUUUCUUAGUCUCGGUGCAAAUGAAGUUAAAGACAUUAUUUCAAGUGACAACAUAAUUGUCGGAAAAGAGGAAAUAGUGUUCGAGAGAAUUGUCUCCUGGAUAGAACACAAUCGAAACGAGCGAGAAGUUUAUUUUCCCCAACUUUUAUUGUGUGUCCGUUUGUGUUCUAUGUCACGCGCGUACUUAGAAACGCUUGUCAUCAGUCAUGCGUUGGUACAAGAACAGGCAUCUUGUUUGGAAAUGAUUGAAAACUCCUUGAAAAUUACCGCAUCGUCGAAUCCUUCGUUGCCUCAGCAACCAAGGAAAUGUCUGCAACCUGCAGUUGACGUUGUCAUUGCCAUCACUGGUACCCAGACCCGCCUGGAUUCUCAGCCAUCCUCUAUUCGGUGUUAUGUACCAGAGGAAAAUAAUUGGUUUGAAAUGCAACAUUUUCCUGAGCAAAUUAACUGGAAUGGUUUCGCCGAGCACGAACAGGAGCUUUAUACAGUAGGGGGAGAAAGGAAUGGACAGAUUUCAGAUUCUCUUGAGAAGUUUAACUUGGGGACAAAUACGUGGACUAAAAUGUCACCGAUGCUAAAAGCAGUUUUAUUUCCUGCAGUUGCAACCUUGAGAAGUUGUCUUUAUGUGAUUGGUGCCUCACGCGCUAACAGAGGAACCUUACAAAUUUACAGCCCUUACCUGGAUGCAUGGAGUCUGGGACCGCAAUUAAGCACCCCUCGAGAAAUCACAUGUGCAGUCAGCGAUGGAAGGUUUUUGUACGCUGUUGGUGGCAUGAGGGCUGGGGACGGAGAAUAUCUUAACUCUGUUGAGAGGUAUGACCCAGAGGAGGAAUCGUGGAUUGAAAUACCCUCUAUGCUUCAAGCCAGAGGCGGAUCAUGCGCAGUGUCUUUCGAAACCUCUAUCUUUGUCAUGGGCGGGGAAUGUAAUGUUCGUGUAGCCCUUUCCUCUUGUGAAGUUUACUCCACUGUUGUUAAUCAAUGGCAUUCCAUUGCUUCAAUGCACGUGCCACGGUAUUUCGCCGGGGCUGCGACAGUGGGAAAGAAAAUUUACGUCUUUGGGGGAGUGGGAGGGUCAAAUGUCACACUGGAACAGAGAAGGGUUGUAGAUCGGUAUGACACUGAGACAGGUGAAUGGAAUUCGGAGAUAACAAUGCCCUGGGAGGCUAAAUAUCUGCGAUGUUGUGGUUUUUCCUCAAGGAGAGACUUUUUGGCGAGUUUACCUCAAGUAACUUGUUGA